AUGAUGAGCAAGCCCAGCGUUCGCAGGUGUGCGAUUCGCCCUGGCCGCCCGAGCACUGGGCCGCAGCCGCAUCGACGAUGCAGAGAGGGCUCUGCCCUGCCUCGGCGGCCUCUGGGUGGCACCUCACGGCUUCCCCACGCCGCUUCCAACCCGCUACUGAACCUGGGUGCCGGCCCGGAGACCAAGCACUCGCUUGACGGAAUGGACUGGGCAGUCCGGUUGGGCUCCAACCAAGGGCCUGUUCCUGACCCGCCGCACCUAGCGAUAGAGCUGGACUGCCGAGUAUCUGCCCUGGAAGUUGCAACGGGGGUCGCAUUCGCUCUGGGGCCAGUCACCGAGCCUCUGGUGCAGCUGUGCUGGGGGAGGAACAACAAGCGAGUGGGCCUCUGUGAAAUCAGCCGGCGGCAUGCAGCGUCUGCCGUCCAGGUGCCGGCGGGCGGCCGCUGCGUCGGGAAAUAUGGAGAAUAG